AUGCUGGCGACUCCAUCCAACACAAACCCUACCCGGAUACUCCACCCGGAGAAUCCUCACAAGCUUAGCGGUCCCUUGCAGGGCCAGAAGAGUCUAUUCCGUGUGGCAUUACGACCGGCAUCCGGAUCUGGAGAUACUAGCACAAGCGAAAAGCCCGCAGACAAGAUCUACCACGCGCGACGGCCGCACCGGAAGUCCCGUGCCGGAUGUGCGAAUGCUGACCCUAGACCCUGUCAGUGCGAUGAGACUAAACCGCAUUGCUUGCGCUGCCGAAAGCACGGUGUCGAGUGUACCUAUGAGGCUAGCAAAGUGCGUACUGUUUCGCGGGGAGGCCCAGAUAUCGCUUCCCCUGACGCAAGCGCCUUUUCAAUGGCUGUGAUUGCUGUCUCAAGUGAGAUCGACAGGCUAUUAGAUGUCAAAUCCCGAGAUGGACGAUUCUCGGCCAGUCUCUGGGCGUUGCAACAUUUUUCCGCUGCUACGUCGCCGACGGUCAGCGAGGGGCUUCCUCAAAGGAUCAUGCGAUGCAAAAUGAUCCAACUAGCCUUUGAAAACCCGCUUCUGAUGCACGGCAUCAUCGCUACCGCCGCAUCCCAUCUCCGCCACUGCGUCCCAAACAACACGCACUACAAGCUGCUCGAAGCCCACCACUGGCAGCGUUCGAUCAGCCAAUAUUCAAAGGAGCUAUCCGCCGGCGUCGGACCGCGCAACAUGGAUCCACUCUUCUCCAACUGCCUGCUCAUGACCGUCCACUCAUUCAACCUGGAGACGUACAACCCGCGUAGCUCAUUCGUCUUUUCCGACGACCCGGACGCCCUGAACUGGCUCCAGGUGCAGAGCGGCCUACGCCAUCUCCUAGGCUUCGCACAUCCCUGGCUCACCAGCAGCAUGUGGUGGGAGAUGUUCAAGAUCCCACGAGAAGAAAACCCGCUCUACGACGACCACCGUCCCGGCCGCGAGGGCCUGCACCCGCUCCUUGCGGAUAUCUGCGACAUCGACGACACCACCACCGAGGAGACGAACCCGUACCUCUGGCCACUGCGUAUGCUCACGCCGAUUCUGACUCUCGAGCGGUCCAUCAAGAGUCUCACGCAGUUCACGAACUUCAUGGGCCGCCUGUUGCCGGAUUAUAUGGAGAAGCUGGCGCAGAAGGACCCGCCGGCGUUGGUCAUCCUCAGCUGGUGGCUGGCGCUCAUGUAUUCGACGAAUCUCUGGUGGGCGGAGACCCGCGCCCUGUCGGAGUGUACUGCUAUCUGUAUGUAUCUCGAGGACAGCGAUGACACGCGGAUAUUGGAGCUGCUAGAAUUUCCGGCAGAGACGAUUGGGUAUUUGUUACCGCAUGUGCAGGAUCGUAUAGCUAGUUUGCUUUAG